GUACACCCGUCCAGUCCCAGCGGCUCCACCAGAACGCGGGUCCAUGAGGGAGAGGAGAGACGUUCUGGGUGGGUGAGGAGCGAGCGCCAGCACCUGGGAAACCCCAUCCAUGGGCCAUGGCAGGACAGGUGAGGCUGCCGCACGGAGAGCCCUGCCGAGAAGGUUACAUAUUAUCUUUGGUCUGUCCGGACUCUUCCCGGGCUUGGUGUGAGAUCACGAAUGUGUCACGGCUGUUGGCCUCUCCUGCCCUCUACACGGACCUGAAUUCCAGCAUAACUAACUUCAGCAUUUCUGCAAACACAGAAAACAAAUACAGUCUUUAUGUGGGCUUGGUCCUGGCAGUAAGCUCCAGUAUUUUUAUUGGCUCCAGCUUCAUAUUGAAAAAGAAGGGCCUCUUACAACUGGCCAAAAAAGGAGUUACUAGAGCUGGGCAAGGUGGACAUUCUUACCUAAAGGAAUGGCUCUGGUGGGCAGGAUUGCUCUCAAUGGGAGCAGGAGAGGCUGUGAAUUUUGCAGCUUAUGCUUUUGCACCUGCCACUUUGGUCACUCCACUGGGUGCCCUGAGUGUUCUUGUAAGCGCGAUAUUGUCUUCCUAUUUUUUAAAUGAGCACUUGAAUAUUCAUGGGAAAAUAGGCUGCAUAUUAAGUAUAUUGGGGUCAACCGUGAUGGUUAUCCAUGCCCCUCAAGAAGAGGAAAUCACUUCUUUGCAUGAAAUGGAAAUGAAAUUGAGAGACCCAGGAUUUAUAUCCUUCGUGGUUAUCGUAAUUGUGAUCUCCUUGGUGCUGAUUUUGGUGGUGGCUCCCAAGAAAGGACAGACCAAUAUAUUGGUCUACAUUUCAAUUUGUUCAAUGAUCGGAGCAUUUUCGGUUUCCUCUGUCAAGGGCCUGGGAAUUGCCAUUAAGGAACUAUUAGAACGGAAGCCCGUUUACAAGCAUCCUCUGGUCUUUGUUUUACUGGCUGUACUUGUGCUUUCAGUGAGUACACAGGUUAACUAUCUCAACAAGGCACUGGACACCUUUAAUACAUCUCUUGUGACUCCCAUUUAUUAUGUGUUUUUCACAUCCAUGGUAGUCACUUGCUCUGCCAUCUUAUUCCAGGAGUGGUAUGGCAUGAAAGCUGGAGAUAUCAUUGGGACCCUGAGUGGGUUCUUGACCAUUAUUAAUGGCAUAUUUCUUCUGCAUGCUUUUAAAAACACUGACAUUACCUGGAGUCAGCUGACAUCCACUGCUAAGGAAGAAGUCCUCUAUCCGAAUGGCAGUGAGGACAAAUAUACUUUAUUGGAGAAUACAGAGUGCUCGGCCCUAGGCUACAAUGAUGAUGUCACCUUGUUUAGCAGGACUGAUGGUCAAAGUCUCUAGAAACCCUGAAUUUUAACCAAUAUGAGACAUUGGAAGAGGAAAAGGAAUACCGACCUGCUCACUAGAAGAACUAUUAGGAAAAAUGGCAUUUUUAAAGUUAUAAGUAGUAAUUUAGACAUGAGGCCAAGAGCAAAUGCCUUCAUGUUUGCCCAUCAAAUUUGAAAAUCAAGGUUUUCAUCCUUCUCCAGAAGACUCCUGCUUAUAUUUAUUUCUACAGACUUGAAAUACUCUCUGAACACAAAGUGGAAGAGUUAGAAGAGCCUCAGAACAAUCUCUUUCUUCUAGUCACCAUGUAUUUGACUCUGCCAUGUGGCUCUUUAUUUCUUUGGCUGCUAUUCUUAGCCUCAUGGUAAUUCAUAGAUAAGGUUAACUGUGUUCUGAUAAGAAGAGUAUCAACCAUACUCUGAUGAGUCAUAGUUUUAAAUUAUUAAAAAAAAAAAAUAAAGCUGAGAAGAAAGAUCACUGUUGCUUUGUCCUCCGCUUCCACACCUUCCUUCCUUUUAAAGUAGAUAGCUAGUGGACAAAAUGUUAAAGAAAAAAUGAGUCUGCUUUGGAAAUCUGUUUCAUAAUGGGCUAGAAUGUACAAGGUACGCCUACUCAUGGAGGACUUCUAAACCACUGACUUAUGAAUUGUAAUUUAUUGACAUGUCAUAGGAGUUUAUUACCAAUUAUAAAGGAGGAAAAGAGGGAUGAAGAAAAAUACUUUAGACCCUAGGUAAAUGAACUGCAAUUUUUUUUCUUUUCACAAAAACAUAAACACAAAUGGUUUGUUCACAGGUUCUUUUAACUCAGACCUGGAUGAAAUUAAAACAAAAUCGAGUUCCUGGAGAAGUUCAAAUGAAUUCAGCUUUGGAGUUACUUAUAUUCAUGUUGUUUCUUUCUUUUACUGUUAUUCCAAAUAUUGGUUUUAUUGUUGAGGUAGAGAUGUUCGUAAAAUAAUGAGUAAAUUAUUUCAGGAUUUUAUUGUACACUUCAAUCUUUCUUAAAGCUUACUUCCCAAAGGGUGAGUUUUACAGACUGUUUUGAAACAAUGAGAAAAAUCUUUAUGAAACACUUGAAUUAUAAUGGUUCUCUUGAAAUUUGUCACUUUCACCUUUACGAAGGGAAUUAGAAUUAGCCACUAAGCUUUUAAAAAUACAUGUAUUUAUUCUCCCACAAUAAAUGGCAGAUUGUCUUUUUCUGUUAAAUUUCAUUCUGCCCACAUUUCCACACAUUUUAUUGAUAAGCGUUUUGCGGGGAGGAGGAAGGAGUGUUACCUUCUUGAAAAACAAAAUAUUAAGACCUCAAGGGUUGCUACAGGAAAAAAAUACCUGUUGCAUGUUCAGAUUUUCAUAAAAUGUUCCUGCUUUGUUCCAAGUACACAGCAGGACUAACGUUUGUAAAUCAGUUGCCACCGAGUUAGUUCCAACUCAUGGGCGUCCACAUGUGUGUCAGAGUGGAACUGUGCUCUACAGGGUUUUCAAUGGCUGCUUUUUUUUUUUUUAAGUAGAUCACCAGGACUUUCUUCCAAAGCUCCUUAAAAAAAAAAAAAAGGGACCUCUGGGUGGACUCAAACCAACAACCUUUCUGUUAGCAGUUGAGUGUGCUAACUGUUUGCACCCCCAAGGACACCAUAAUAGUUUCAGGUAGUGGUCAGUGUUGAAAUACAGAUUUUCUAUCACUCAUUGAUUUUACAGAAAAGAAAAUGGCUGUCUUGUUUCUAGACUAAACUAUAUUUCUCUCAAAACAAAACAAAUAUCCUAACCAAAAAGUAUGUCUUUAAAAAACAAAACAAAAAAACCACUCAGGUUAACUGGACAUUCUCUGCUCUAGCGCUAAAUGUUAUUAUAAGGUUGUUUUUUUGUUUUUUUGUAAAGCUAGCAUAAGCCUGCCUGGGGUAAUAAAAGGAAACUGUAAUAGUUCACCAUUCUCUUAAAUUGACUUCAGCUUCUGUCCUACCGCACUAUGACUGAUGUUCACAGUGACGACCUGAGAUGAGGGCAGAGUCCUAAAGUGCUGUAAUAGUCCCUUUGGCACAGGCUAGUUGUGAGUGCGAUGCAGUGCUUUCUAAAUUUUUUAAAAAUUGAUAAUCCGUGGAAGACAUGGGGGUUGAUACCUCAGGUCAAAUACAUGUUUACUCUGUCGAUUGCUGUUUCAUUUUACUUGUAUGCCAUGUAAGCUAUGAAUGCAAGUUUGUAGGAAACGCAUCUUCUGAAAAAGUAGUAUUUGACCAUUGGAGAAAUUUUAAAGUUUUUUUUUUUUUUUUUCCUAUUGUUAACUCUACUGGUUUCUCCAGGAUACCUCCUUGGUGAUAAGAUUAUAGUUUCAGGCAUUUCUUAAAUGUCGCCUGUUAGAAAGCUUUGACUUUGGUACAUUCUGCCCAAGUCAAAGGUUCUUGGAACACAAGGACCCGUGUGUACCCUGGAUUGCGAGAUGAGCUGGUGAUGACGCAGAUGUCCAGGAAGAAGACUGAAAAGAUUUAACAGCUGGAACUGUGUUGAGAAACAAAUGUUUGAAAAACUUUCUAUGUAAAAUUACUAAGGGGUAUAAAAAAAAAAACAUAU